UAAUAUUAUUAGGCGCGAGCCUGUGCCAGACGCAACCUUAUGGAUUGUUGUUGAAACAUACAUGCUCUCUUCCUCUUUCCCGGAGACGCUUUAUUUCGCAGGUGUUUAAAAAGAAAAAAAAUGUGAAACGAUGAUUAUUUGCGGUUACGUAAAUAAAAUCGUGAAAGCAGAGCGGAAGUUGGAAAUGAAUCAAGAAUAGAGUUACCUACGGCAAGUUCUGGUAUUUGUGUGUGUUUUUGGGGGAAUGAUGGCUCCUUCGCUCGAGCAGACUCUAGGGGAGUUAGGGAAGCGCCUUGCCCAGGCUCCUCUCUCAAAGGAUACUCUCCUCAAGCUAUUGAAGCAAACAGUGAGUUCUCUAUCUGAGCUGAAUCAGUCUCCAACUCUAAGAUCUGUUCUGGGACCCAUCAAUGAGGCUCUUGUUCAGCCUGCUGUUCUUCGACAUAAAGACAAAGAUGCGCGACUUCUUGUCGCUGCGUGUUUCAGUGAAAUCAUGCGAAUAUUGGCGCCUGAUCCACCAUACAGUGAUGAUUUGUUAAAGGAUAUUUUCAAGCUUUUUGUUAGUAUUUUUGAAGAAUUGGAUGAAGUGGAAAGUCCUUACUUUUCAAGGAGGGUUAACAUAUUGGAGACAAUUGCAAAAGUGAGGUGCUGUGUUUUAAUGCUGGACAUAAAUUGUGAAGAUGUAGUUUUGGAGAUGUUUCGAGUUUUUUUCUCUGUAGUGAGAGAAGAUCAUCCACCAAGUGUUCAACAGGGCAUGACAGCGAUAAUGGAACUGAUUUUGGAAGAAAGUGGAGAUAUCUCACAAAGAAUGUUAGAUUUGAUUCUUGGCAAUCUUUUGAAGGAUCAUCGAAAUGCAUCUCUUGCUGCUCAUCAGCUUUCAAUAUCUGUAGUUCAACACUGUACCGAAAAGUUGGAGCCAGUUGUUCAGCAAUUUUUAACUUCAGUCAUGCUUGAGGGGAAGGCUGCUGGAAGUGAUCUACAAGAAAAUUAUCAUAACAUUAUUUUUGAAAUAUAUCAGUGUGCGCCUCAUAUGCUAUUGGCUGUCAUUCCAAAUCUAACCCAGGAAUUACUGACAGAUCAGGUAGAUGUUCGGUUGAAGGCAGUGCAUUUGUUGGGAAAAUUAUUUGCUUUGCAUGGACGACAUGUUGCCCAAGAGUACCAUCAACUAUUUGCUGAAUUCUUAAAACGAUUCUCUGAUAAGACUGUGGAAGUAAGGUUGGCUGCUGUGGAAUGUGCAAAGGAUUGUUUUUUGGCAAAUCCAUCUGGAAAUGAAGCUUCUGAGAUUCUUUCUGGGCUUCAAGGUCGGCUUCUAGACUUUGAUGAUAAAGUCCGAAUUCAAGUUGUAAAUGUGAUUUGUGACAUAGCGAAAAUAAAUCCUAGAUAUGUAUCUUCUGAGAUUAUUAAGAAUGUGGCAGAGCGUUUGCGUGAUAAGAAGGUUUCUGUAAGAAAGGACACUCUUCAAAAACUUGUAGAAGUUUAUAGGGCUUAUUGCAUGAAGUGCUUGGAAGGCUUUAUUACAUGCAGUGAGGAAUUCGAGUGGAUUCCAAGUAAAAUUAUAAGAAUCUGUUUUGAUAAAGAUUGCAAAGAAUUCAGGCCAGCAGGAAUGGAGCUUAUCUUUGCAGAGGACCUAUUUCCUGUCCAGCUUCCUGUGGAUGAGAGAACCCACCAUUGGAUUGCUAUGUUCUCAGUAUUCUGUCCCAGUGACAUUAGAGCUUUAGAGCAUAUCUUAUCUCAGAAGCAAAGAUUACAACAGGAAAUGCAAGUAUAUCUGUCACUCCGUCAGAGUUUAAAGGAGGACGAUUCCAUGGAAUUGAAUAAGAAGAUUCAGAUGGGGCUAAAGACAAUGUCUUUAUGCUUUAUUGAUCCUGUAAGAGCUGAGGAAAAUUUUCAAAAAUUGCACCAAAUGAAGGAUAACAAUGUUUUCAAAGGUCUCUCUCAGUUGCUUGACCCAAACACAACGGUUGCAAGUGCCCAAGCCAUUCGUGAAGAUUUGCUGAAAAGAAUAGGAGAGCGGCAUCCACAAUAUGAAUUCUUGAAGACUCUUUAUUUGAAAUGCAGCUAUAUAUUAUUUGGAAUGGAACAUGUGCAGGCUGUUUUGAGUCAUUCUUAUGGUUAUAAAACAGCAUCAAAUCAGAACUUGAAAAUUGCUGGAAUCGAUCUUCUUCUGAAAAUUCUGAGUUUCUUCCCUUUCCUGAUAAAAGGAUCAGAAGAAGACUUGUUACGUCUGUUAUCAGAGGAUGAUGAGUCCUUAAAAGAAAGGAUAAUGCAGAUCAUAGCAAAGGCGGGCACUUUCAUUCAUAACCAACAAUCUAUUGGUGCAAUACUGGAGAAGCUUUGUACAGAAGGAAAACGUAAACAAGCAAAAUAUGCCAUAUCUGCAAUUUCAGCGUUAUCUGCUGAGUCUGGUCAAGAAAUAUUAUUACAGUUGUAUGAGAAACUGGUGUCUUCCCUAGAAGACUGUCAAAAUCUUCCAACAACUUUGCAGUCCCUUGGCUGCAUUGCACAGACUGCUAUUUCAAUCUUUGAGACUCGUGAAGAGGAAAUAAUCAAAUUUAUUGUCCGCAAGCUGCUUCGGAGAGAGUGUGAGUCCCUUUCGGAGGAGUCACAAAGAUUUAAGAAUGCUAAGAAUGAGCUUCCCAGCAAUGUGUGUCAGCUCAAGAUAUAUGGUUUGAAGGCCCUUGUUAAAAGCUUUUUACCAUAUAAAGAUGGGCAUCUCAGACAGCGGUUCAAAGGGUUGCUUCGUGUGCUUGAAAAGCUUCUUCAAACAGGCGACAUUUCAGAUAAUUCAAAAUCAAGUGAAAGUGAUAAAGCCUACCUGAGGCUAACUGCUGCAAAAUCUGUUUUGCGACUUGCUCGGAGAUGGGAUUUCCAUAUUUGGCCUCAGAUAUUUCAUUUGACUGUGUUGAGAGCUCAGGAUUCUUCAGUUCAUGUCAGACAACAAUUCUUAAAUAAGGUUCAGAAGUGCCUUAAGGACCAUACAAUUGGUAACAAGUAUGCCUGUGCCUUUGCACUGGCUGCCUCAGAUGCUGUGAAAGAUAUUCAGGCAGAUGCAAAAAAAUAUCUGGAAGAGUUUAUUGAUAAUUACCAUCGUGAAGCUCGACUGCGGCAAACAUCUAGAUCUGUGCAAGGGGAAGGGGCUGCACUUGUUGUGUACCCAGAAUAUGUUCUCGUUUACUUGGUCCACGCCCUUGGACAUCAUCCAAAGUUUCCUUCAGGAAGUGAUGCUGAAAAUGCAGAAGCUUAUGAACCUUUUAUUAGGCAGUUAUUGUUGUUCCUCCAGGUUUUAAUCUGCCAAGAUCGGAGUAAUAGUGGUAGAAAGGAUGAGACUGAUAAUAUGUUAGCCAUUCUGUCCAUUUUUCGUGCAAUAAGAAGGGCUGAGGAUGCAGUUGAUAAAUCGUUCACACAGAACCUACAUGUACUGUGUGACAUUGGUAUCAUUAUUGCUAAGGAUUUGGGGCGAGACAAAAUUUCUUCUGGCAGAAUUCCUGGAGGGAUACCUAUGCCUUCUUUGUUUUACAAAGUUUCUGAAGAAAAUAAAGAUGAAAAGACAGAUGGAAGCUAUCUACCACCUUGUCUAACCAAGGGGAAGGCACUGGCAUGGUUUUUGGAUGAAAGAAAUACGUUGCAUUCUAGUCAGAAAUCCAGUUCUUAUGGAAAGAGAACCAAGAGGAAUCAAGCUGAAUUUUUGUCAGAAGAAAUUGACCAUGAUUCAGGGGAGGAGUCAAUCCAGAACCAGAGCAUGACAAAUAAUACAUUAGCGAACAGAAUGGAAGAUCCAGAAAAAGGAAAUUCACUAUUAGAUUACAAAAAGAAAUCAGUGAGUUGCAAGCAAGGUCAAAAUUUGAAAAGUAAAUCUCAGGUGACAUCUGACGCUCCUAAGGAUUCCCGUAAAAGAAGGAAACCACAGAAAGUUCAAUCUGUCUCUGCUAAUGAGAGAGACCUAACUGUGCAUGGUACUGAAUUCAUGCCAGCGAAAUUGAAGAAACACCGAUCAGAGAUGGAGGCAGAAAAUAAGGAUUUUGGGGAGAGAGAUUCCCCAACUAACACCACAAUGGAAGGAAAAAAUCAAAACAGUGACUCAGAUGACUUACCUGUUGUUGCAAAUAUUUCUCAAGUGGUUCAACAAGAAACAGAAACUGCCAACAUUGAACACAGUAUACAAGAUGAAAUUUUAAAGGUUCCUGGAAUGUCCCAUUUGAGUCGGAAGACAUUACUAGGUGGCUCUUUGCGAUGCCAGAGCUCAAGGAAGGAACAGGGCAGUGAAGAAUGUAAUACAGCUGUAGAAGAUCCCCGUCAGAAAAAGGACUCAAAAAUAGCACAUGAUGCUGUAGCCCGGGGCCUUGAAACACCUGUAGCAAAUUACACUGAGUCCCCUGAGUGGAAGUCUGACAAGGAUAGAGAAGGGGAUGAGGAACUUGUUGGACAGCGUAUAAGAGUGUGGUGGCCAGUUGAUAGACGGUUCAAUUCUGGAACUCUAAAUGAGUUUGAUCCUGCGAACAAAACCCAUAAGAUUGAAUAUGAUGAUGGCGAGGUUGAAUUGCUUCACUUAGGUAAUGAACGUUGGGAGGUCAUUACAAAUAGGCAAAAGGAUGCUCUGAAGUUUCCAGCCAAAGGACGCAGGAAAGGGAAACAGAGGAAGCUGUGUUUUAUGACUCCAGCAUUGAGUAAUAUUGACGUUGCAUCUUGUGAACUUAACGAGAUGGGGAUAGACUCUUCAGUUGAUCUCGUCAAGGCAGCUGGAGCAGGCAAACCUGAAUUACCGAGUGCUGGGGAGGAACAAAAAUCAUUGAAGAAUACAGGCUCUCAAAUAUCUAUGCUUCAACAAAGCAAAAAUGGAAAAAAUGGAAAAGGUAAGAAACCAUCUGUGAAAGAGAAGGGAACGGAGUCCCAUUUGGAGGCACGUGAGAAUGAUGGAGAAGCAUUGGCCCCUCGGAGAGCACGAAGGCAAAAAGUUGUACAAUAAGGUCAAUAGGGGAACGCGAAGGUGAAAUGUAAAUCAUUUUUGUGCACAAGACUCUGUGGCAUUUAUCAACAUCAUGAUGGCUUCCAGGUUUUACUGGUACUGUGAAUAUAUUUGAACUUAUCAGUUGAUUUCACAAGCAUUGCCUGUAGUCUGAUUAAAUUUUCCAGCGUAUAGUUUGAAAAUGUUUUGUUAUAUAUUAAUUGUGGUCGCUAACUUUAUUUAGACCACUUGUCAAAAAUUUUGAUCGGAAUUUUGUUUUUCGUUUCAAUAUUUUCUUUAUUUCAAGAAACAUGUUUAAUGGAAAUUGAGUUUUCGAAAGUAACAAUAAUGUAUGUGUGAACUAUAAGUCUUGAGAUCAUGAAUUAUAAAGAAACGAACUUCUCGACAUCAUGACACAAGCAAUAACAAUCUUCUAGCGAUUAUUAAUUUCAAAUUAACAUGAGGUUAGUGGCUAUUGCUCUUCCUUUCACUA